AUGGGUAAAGACUAUUAUAAAGUGUUGGGUAUACAGAAAGGCGCCUCUGAGGACGAGAUAAAGAAGGCGUAUCGAAAGCAGGCCCUGCGAUAUCACCCCGAUAAAAACAAGUCCACUGGAGCUGAGGAUAAAUUCAAAGAGAUCGCUGAAGCCUAUGAUGUCCUCAGCGACGCAAAGAAAAAGGAUAUAUAUGACCGAUAUGGAGAAGAAGGUAACGCAUCAACUUUUGGUUCCAUGUCGUGCAUUGUAACCCAACCUGUUUGCGCAAUCGACGUUGUCCGGUUUGCCAGCUAUGUAACAUUACUAGCUGUAUCAGCCGUGGCCCUUGUUUUGGACGAUUGUAACUAACGUUAUUGCUUAAAUGUUACUGUUUGUGUUUUUCUUUGAUUGUAGCCCUAUAAACUAGUGUGGUUAUUAUCUUGGACGCGACUGAGCGUCAGAGGCGCUACAGUUCUCUCGAGAACUUGCUGGAACUUUCCUACUUGUUAUGAGUUGAAACUGUCAGUGGGGCUAGUUUGUUCACGUCACAACGUUAAUUCCUUCCUCCUGUCACGUCGCUCAUGGUCGGUGACACAUUGCAGAACACCUUUUUAAAAACACUUCUCUGUCAGUGACCCCUGAAGACACAGGUGGAAAUGUAGCAUGCUUAAUCAUUAGCUUUUAGCAUGAUUUAUUUAGAGAGAUGGUAUGUCUGGAAGUGUUAAGUGUGUUGUGAAAAAAUGUAUGCACUCACUAACUGUAACUCGCUCUGGAUAAGAGCGUCUGCUAAAUGACUAAAAUGUAAAAUGUUGUGAAUAAGUGAUUCAUAAAAUUUGAUGUUUGUUCUUGUUCUAAAAUAACAAUUUUGAUGUUUGUUCUUGUGUUCACUCUUACCAGGCCUAAAGGGGCCCACAGCCGGCGGGGGUGGUGGUCCCAACGGCCCCAACAACUACAACUACACCUUCCAUGGAGAUCCUCACGCCAUGUUUACCGAGUUCUUUGGCGGCCGCAGCCCAUUCGACCAGUUCUUCGCACGCAACGGGGAUGAUGACAUGGACACUGACGACCCCUUUGCCGCAUUCGGUAUGGGAGGGAUGGGGGGCAUGCCGGGUGGAAUGGGAGGGUUCCACCAACACCAGAGGUCCUUCAAAUCUCGGCCAGGGGGUCCCCAUGGGGGCCGGGAGAAGAAGAAAGAUUCUCCGGUGGUGCACGAGCUGAAGGUGAGCCUGGAGGAGGUGUUCUCCGGCUGCACCAAGAAGAUGAAGAUCUCCCGUAAGCGACUGAACCCGGACGGCUGCAGCAUGCGCAGCGAGGACAAGAUCCUGACAGUGGACAUCAAGCGAGGCUGGAAGGAAGGGACCAAGAUCACCUUCCCCAGGGAGGGAGACGAGACGCCCACUAACAUUCCUGCUGACGUGGUGUUUGUGGUCAAAGACAAACCCCAUCCUGUGUUCCGCCGGGAUGGCUCCGAUAUCAUCUACCCUGCUAGAGUGUCCCUCAGAGAUGUGAGUGCUUUGUGAUUUCUUAAACAUUGUCAGUCAUAAACGUAACCCACUAAACUCUUUCAAUUGUAUUCUCUGUAAUGAUAGUAAUGAUAUUUCUCUGCUGCUCUCAGGUAGGGUUGAGCGAUAUAGCCAAAAAAUCAUGUUCAUUUGUUUUCUAACUUUUCUAAUAUAUAUUUUUCUCCAAGCUUUGUUGCACAGUUUAAAGUUCAAUAUACUGCAUUUCAAACAGUCCGAAAUAAUCUAAUGAAUUCAUGGCUUGUAAAAUUAUACCUAGGCUAAAUGUAAGCCUUCCACAACCCACUAAUUAUGAUAUUUUAUCAAAAUAGGUUAACCUGCUUUUUUGCAAUAAUCACUGAUCAGGCUUUUAAGUCUAUCUAUGAAAAUGUCAUUUUUGUAAAAAGGUUAACCAGAACCAUGCACAAUGCACAUCCACUAGUUGGCUAAUCUUUAUAUUUAAAGUCUAGCCAUCUUGGAUCUGUUUGCUUGCUAACAAGUUAGAACAGUUUAACUGUUAUGAACACACCCUCCUGUCUCCUACUGUUUGAACAAAAUGCAAGCCUGUCCACUUUGUGGCCUACCUACAUGGAUAAGAAGAUGCUUAUUUCUCAGAAUGAGAACGAGUUGCCAAUACGGUAUGAAAGUACUACUACUUACUAUCUCCUAUCGCAAGCCCUGUACAGUGUUUUUGAAAGGGUUUCAAGCUUGUAUAAUCAAAUGUAUGAAAACAAGGUCGUGUGUGUGUGUGUGUAAAAAAGGCCAUGUCUGUGCACCUGACUCCCCACAAUCCCGUCAGGGUGAUUUCUCCCCUUCUCAGCUGUCUGUCACUGCCUCAUGGUUUACACCAAUUAGAGUGCCCGAAUGCACAUUUGGACUCUGACCCCUUCCCACUCCAGGUCAGAGUGGCUAUCGUUGUCGGCAGAUGAAGACGCAAGUUUGGCUGCCGACCAAUUGACGUUUUCUGUAAGUCUUCACAAGGUUUUCACACACUGUUGCUGGUAUUUUGGCCCAUUCCUCCAUGCAGAUCUCCUCUAGAGCAGUGAUGUUUUGGGGCUGUCGCUGGGCAACACAGACUUUCAACUCCCUCCAAAGAUUUUCUAUGGGGUUGAGAUCUGGAGACUGGCUAGGCCACUCCAGGACCUUGAAAUGCUUCUUACGAAGCCACUCCUUCGUUGCCCGGGCGGUGUGUUUGGGAUCAUUGUCAUGCUGAAAGACCCAGCCACGUUUCAUCUUCAAUGCCCUUGCUGAUGGAAUGAGGUUUUCACUCAAAAUCUCACGAUACAUGGCCCCAUUCAUUCUUUCCUUUUCACGGAUCAGUCGUCCUGGUCCCUUUGCAGAAAAAUAGCCCCAAAGCAUGAUGUUUCCACCCCCAUGCUUCACAGUAGGUAUGGUGUUCUUUGGAUGCAACUCAGCAUUCUUUGUCCUCCAAACACGACGAGUUGAGUUUUUACCAAUUGUGUGUUUAUUUUAGGAAGAUUGUGGGUACAAUUCAUCCAAGAAAACCACAAGUCCAUCCUGUGUCAACUGAAGAUUUCUGUGUGUGAGUGUGAAUACUAUAGUGUGUGGUGGUGAAGAUGAUAAAAGUCCUGGACUAAGAAGCAUCCGUGCUGUUCUUGCCGGACAGCCUGUAGUGAGUCAGAACCAAUUAUAACCGACCGCUCAGACGGCUCCAGCUAGCCGUUUUUACAAUAUAUAUAAUUAUGUAUUCGUGUAUUGAUUUGCUCAUACUCAAUGCCUUUUAUUACGCUCAAGAAGUAAGACACAUCGCCCGAAAGUUAGAAAAGUCUAAUUUGAACUAUAACUCCUGCAGCCUUGUUAGCAUGCCUGCUCAAGUUGAGGACUCGCAGGACAGUAAAAACCUGUUAGUUACAGGCCGUUUGGCUAGCCAGUAGGCCUACUUUUUGAAAAUGAUUAGUUUGUUUGUAGACCGGCAAGGUGUCGAAAGGGAGACAUAUACAGCUGGUGGGAGUUGUAGUUCUAAUGAAAAAGCACAUCGGCUUUGUGCUAUUUCUUGGCCGUCAAAUACGUUAAACUGGCAUAUGGUAAAUUAAUUCACUUGGAAACACUUACAUUUGAAUAUAUAUCUUAUAUGACUGCAUUUUCAUGAAUUUGACGAUGCAAAUUUGAAGCCCGUUCUUAGCCUACAAAACGAGACAACAGGAAGUACCACUUUCAUACCGUAUUCCUUAAUGUGUCUUUUUAUGCUCAUUGCACAUUUAUACAACACAGACUAGACAGCUUGCACAGUCUUUGGCUAAAAUGCUGCUAGAGGUACGUACCGCAAGCAGCAAACUGAGCUUACAUUUUCCACAAUCAUGUUUUUAGUAGGGUCUGCUCUGCGCAAACUUUGGGAGUUGAGACAUAAAAAGGGUAUCGUUAGAAAGGUCAAGUUCUCCUCUACAGUAAAAUAAUGUUUCAAUGUGUUUCGGUGUCCAUAUCACCGAUUCUGUUGGACCGAACCUCAAAUGCAAAUAGCGAGUUGAAACAGCUUGUUGUCAGAGGAAGAAGUGAUCUUUCAUCUUUGUAAGUCGCUCUGGAUAAGAGCGUCUGCUAAAUGACAAAUGUAAAUGUUAAUGUUAUUGUGAGUGGCAGGGGGAGGGGCUUGGUGUGUGUGUGUGAGUGGGGAGGUGCACACAGCACAGAAGGCACAAAGGAGACAAGACCGAAAAGACAACGUCAUGAGAACAAGCGCACAUAAACGCUUAUAAAAACGAAAAAAUUGUACGAUACAGGCAUUUGGAACAUCGCGCUAAAACAUAAAUUCAAAUUAAUUCGAUAUACCGCCCAGCCCAACUCCCAGGCCUUGUACUCUUUAACUUAAAAUAUAACACCUAAUUGUGACUAUCUAUAUGUCUCUCUCCCAUCAGGCACUGUGUGGAUGCACGGUCAGCGCUCCCACUCUGGACGGCAGGACUGUGACUGUGACAUCCAGAGACGUGGUCAAACCUGGGAUGAAGAAGCGUAUCGUGGGAGAGGGACUACCCCUGUCCAAGUGCCCAGAGAAGAGGGGGGACAUGGUGCUGGAGUUUGUAGUGAAAUUCCCUGAGAAGUUGGGGCAGAGUGCCCGCGAUGCACUGACUCAGAUUCUUCCUCCUUGAAUGACUGAGUGGCUUUUUAAAGACCCCUAACAAACACUAAGACAGCCAGUUGUCUUCCUUCCAUUACAGUUGUCCUUACCCUAGGCCCAGGACAGACUAGUUGUUUGGGAAUUAUACCCAUUUAUUUUGAUUCAACCUUUGAUCCAAAUUAUAAUUCAGUUAUAUAUUUAACCACCAUGAGAUAUUGACAGAGUAACAUGUUGGUCUCUGUUCUCUGAUGUUAGCUGUUCUGUUUGGUUCAUCAUUUUUUCCUGUUAAUAUUAUUACAACAUUUAGAUUUUAUUACUUACAUGUCCUAUUGACAGUAUUACAUUUCCCAUUGGAAGGGAAAAUAAAGAAACUUCUGGGGGACCCAGUGCUAGACAUUGGAUAAUAGGUUGUGUUCGAGCAUAGGGCAGGGGUUGGUCUGGCCCUGUAGAGAUGACUGGAGCUGGUUGUUAUAAGGUCAGCGGGAUAGGUAGAGUUGAAGAUGCCUGUGGCAAACAGCACUGACGUGGAAUUUGUGUGGUAUCCAGCUGUUUUGAUAGUGCUUCCAGAAUAUUUGUUCCAGGCAACUUAUCAACUAUAUCUCUCAGGAGCAGUGAUACACACCUGAAUGUAGAUAUACUUAUAAAUACAAUGCAUAUAUAUUUGGUGUCACCGGUAUUAUUUUGCAGUGAGUUAUGUUGGGGAACUUUAGCGCAAAUAGAAUUCAGGAAAUUAUUUCAGUUUAAAUGGGAGGGGCAAAACUUGGGUUUCUUGAGCACAACUUGCAAAUCAUGUUCAAACUAACCCAGAGAUAAAGGUGUGAAUGAAAAUUUUUGGGAAUUCACUCCAGGCAACUCCCUACAGAUUACACAGACUUGAUACACUACAUGGCCAAAAGUAUGUGGGCAACCCUUCAAAUGAGUGGAUUCGGCCAUUUCAGCCACACUCGUUGCUGACAGGUGUAUAAAAUCGAGCACACAGCCAUGCAAACCUCAUAGACAAACAUUGGCAGUAGAAUGGCCCAUACCGAAGAGCUCAGUGACUUUCAACGUGGCACCGUCAUAGGAUGCCACCUUUCCAACAAGUCAGUUGGUCAGAUUUCUGUACUGCUAGAGCUGCCACAGUCAACUGUAAGUACUGUUAUUGUGAAGUGGAAAUGUCUAGGAGCAACAACGGCUCAGCCACAAAGUGGUAGGCCACACAAGCUUGCAGAGUGCUGCAGCGCGUAGUAUGUAAAAAUCGUCUGUCCUCGGUUGCAACACUCACUACCGAGUUCCAAACUGCCUCUGGAAGCAACGUCAGCACAAUAACUGUUUGUCAAGAGCUUCAUGAAAUGGGUUUCCAUGGUCAAGAAGCUGCACACAAGCCUAAGAUCACCAUGCGCAAUGCCAAGCGUCGGCUGGAGUGGUGUAAAGCUCGCCCCCAUUGGACUCUGGAGCAGUGGAAACAAGUUCUCUGGCGUGAUGAAUCACGCUUCACCAUCUGGCAGUCCGACGGACAAUCUGUGUUUGGUGGAUGCCAGGAGAACGCUACAUGCCCGAAUGCAUAGUGCCAACUGUAAAGUUUGGUAGAGGAGGAAUAAUGGUCUGGGGCUGUUUUUCAUGGUUCGGGCUAGGCCCCUUAGUUCCAGUGAAGCGAAAUCUUAACACUACAACAUACAAUGACACACUAGACGAUUCUGUGCUUCCAACUUUGUAGCAACAGUUUGGGGAAGGCCCUUUCCUGUUUCAGAAUGACAAUGCCCCCGUGCACAAAGCGAGGUCCAUACAGAAAUGGUUUGUCGAGAUUGGUGUGGAAGAACUUGACUGGCCUGCACAGAGCCCUGACCUCAACCCCAUCGAACACCUUUGGGAUGAAUUGGAACGCCGACUGCGAGCCAGGCCUAAUUGCCUGACGUCAGUGCCUGACCUUACUAAUGUUCUUGUGGCUGAAUGCUGCAGGGACUUACUUCCAAUGUUCCAACAUCUAGUGGAAAGCCUUCCCAGAAGAGUGGAGGCUGUUAUAGCAGUAAAGGGAGGGACCAACUCCAUAUUAAUGCCCAUGAGUUUGGAAUGAGAUGUUCAUACUUUUGGCCAUGUAGUGUAGCUUCUCCAGUUGUAUAGAUUUCAGGUAAUCAAGAGCGUGUUAUCUAUUUUGUGCCAAAUGUCACGAAAAUGUCAUGUCACGCAUGCGAGAUUGACCUCGUUUGUGUUGUGUGUGUGUGUAGACAAACGUGCACCAUCUUAUUGUGAAAUACUAUAAGAAAGUGUGAUAUGUUUUGACCUCUAGGACCCCUUACAUUUAACUUGAGGAUCACUAUUGUUGUAAGUAUGAUGAACUUGUAUGUGUGUUUACUCUGCAGUGACUCUUUUUAUAAGCUGUUCAAAAACGGCAGUUCAUUUUAGCUGUUUAAAUUCUCUCUUUAACUCUGUUAAAGCUGUGAUACUAAUAGGUACUACUACUUCUGAAAGCUCUAUGCAAACCAUUUCUGUUAAGAUCAUCAUCCUUUUUAUUUUGUCAUCCUAUACAUCUUACACACUGCAAACAAUGACUGGUCUAAUUUGGCUGUGUUUAGACAGGCAGCCCAAUUCUGAGCAUUUUUUUUUCACUAAAUUGCGUUUUGACCAAUCAGAUCAGCUCUGCUGCGAAAAGAUCUGAUUGUGAUUGGUCAAAACACCAAUCAUUGGAAAAAAUAUCAGAAUUGGCCUGCCUAUGUAGUGAACUGAUUUUGAUGUGCAUUGUUUUAGGUAACGCAAGCCUAAGCAUCUGUGGUAAAUAAGAAAAUCAUUCCAAAAACAAGUAGUGAGUCAGUUGUACAAUUAAAAUAUGUCUGAAUUAUUUGAACAAUAUUACAUUUUCAAGUACUUGAAAUACAUAUUUUAACCUGGGGUGCAUUCAUUAAGCUGAUUCCGUAGCAAAACGUUUAAUCUGUAACAAAAAGCUUUGCAACAAACGUUUACGCCAAACGGAAAACGUUUUGUAACGAAAAAUAGUUUCUAUUGGACAAAUUCAGGUAGGUCACUCCCCGUUUCUGUUUGGUUCUUAAACGCUAAACGGUUUCUGUUGCGAGAUGUAAUGAAUACACCCCUGGUAUUAUUGUCAUUGAGGUUAUUGGAGUGGAACUCCAAGUGGAGUUCCACUCUUAUUUGAUUUAAUUUUGACAGAUAAACAUUUGAUUUAAUUUUGACAGAUAAACAUGUGGUUUAACAUGAAUGUAGAGACGUGUAAUCUCGGUUUAACUUUUUUGUUAAAUAUUUGCUUUAUUUGCAAAUGUUUUCCUUUUGAUGGAAAAGUUUAAACAUUUUGUUUUUACCUAUUGUUUAAAUUGUUUAUAUUAAAUUUGCACAGAUGUUAUUAUUAUUAUUAUUAUUAUUAGGCACCAAGAUUUCUAUUUGACAAAUAGGUCUUAGCACUCUGCUUUUAAUUUGUAUGAAACUGAACAUUUUAUUUUAAAUAUUUGUCCUAUGCUUUGAACAAAUGAGGUCCCCUUAGCAUUUUGUGGUAUUUUAGUUGUUUCAAAGACUGGCAAACUUGUAAAUAUAAAAAUAAAAUUGUACAAACUGUUGUAGUUCUGUCUUAUUUAGGCCCAUGUCAAACUUUAAGUAAUCGAGUGGAUUUAGUUCUGCCCCACAUGGGGCACGAACCAGCUACUUUCUACAUAACAACACAAUUAUUUGCACCAUUUUACACAUGCACCAUUUUAGCCAACUAGGGACUAGCUAACUUGAUUAGGGUCACAGCACCAUUGUAACAGAGUGCAUUUUGUUCAACCCGGAGCAGAUUGUCGAAUCUUCUGCACAACACACAUCCACAUCCAGGGGUUAAAGUGAGUGAGAGACAUAUGGGAACUGAAUCUGUUACAUGUUAGAAUCAAAAGCGGAGCAAUUUUUGUAAAAGCCUGUCUGAGCAUUACUUAGAAACAGUGGUGGAAAAAGUACCCAAUUGCCAUACUUGAGUAAAAGUACAGAUACCUUUAAUAGACAAUGACUCAACUCCUGAGUGGCGCAGUGGUCUAAGGCACUGCAUCGCAGUGCUAACUGUGCCAAUAGAGAUCCUGGUUCGAAUCCAGGCUCUGUCGCAGCCGGCCGCGACCGGGAGACUCAUGGGCGGCGCACAAUUGGCCCAGCAUCGUCCAGGGUAGGGGAGGGAAUGGCCGGCAGGGAUGUAGCUCAGUUGAUAGAGCAUGGCGUUUGCAAUACCAGGGUUGUGGGUUCGAUUCCCACGGGGGGCCAGUAUGAUAAAUAAAAUAAUGUAUGCACUCACUAACUGUAAGUCGCUCUGGAUAAGAGCGUCUGCUAAAUGACUAAAAUGUAAGUAAAAGUGAAAGUCACCCAGUAAAAUACUACUAGAGUAAAAGUCUAAAAGUAUUUGAUUUUAAAUAUACUUAAGGAUCAAAAGUAAAUGUAAUUUAAAAAAUAUACUUUAUCAAAAGUAAAAUAAAUAAUUUCAAAUUCCUUAUAUUAGGUAAACCAGAUGGCACAAUUUUUUAUAUAUAUAUAUAUUUUAAUUUAUGGUUAGUCAGGGGCACACUCCAACACAGACAUCAUUUACAAAUGAAGCAUUUGUGUAUAGUGAGUCUGCCAAAUCAGAAGCAGUAGGGAUGAGCAGGGAUGUUCUCUUGAUAAGUGCGUGAAUUUGACAAUUUGCCUGUCUUGUUAAGCAUUCAAAAUGUAACAAGUACUUUUGGGUGUCAGGGAAAAUGUAUAGAGUAAAAAGUACAUUAUUUUCUUUAGGAAUAUAGUGGAGUAAAAGUAAAAGUAGUCAAAAAAUAUCAAUAGUAAAGUACUGAUACCCCCAAAAAUGUAGUGGAGUAAAAGUAAAAGUAGUCAAAAAAUAUCAAUAGUAAAGUACUGAUACCCCCAAAAAUGUAGUGGAGUAAAAGUAAAAGUAGUCAAAAAAUAUCAAUAGUAAAGUACAGAUACCCCAAAAAACGACUUAAGUAGUAAUUUAAAGUAUUUUUUACUUAAGUACUUUACACCACUGCUUAGAAAUACAUUACAGACAGUGUAGCUGAAUUAUUCAUGCAAACCAGGAGGAUUAUUGGAAUUCCUAGGACAGAGGGUUGAAAAAACGUGCUUCACAGUAGGGGGCAUCAAAGAGCUUGAGAUGAGGAGAGGAAUCCUAUUGUGGAGGAAGCCAUUGUACAGCGCUGAAGUCCCACCCCUGGGGUCGUCACUAGUUACCACAGCUGCAAAGUAAUAAACCCCGCCUGUUUCUACUAUUGCUCUUCUUAAAAUCUGAUUUUAAACCUAACCUUAACCACAGUGCUAACCUUAUGCCUAACCCCAACCAAAAAUGAAGACCAAAAAGUACAUUUUUUUUUUUUUUUUUUACGACAUAGCCAAUUCUGACUUUGUGGCUGUGCUAUCUAGUGAAAACACCCCUGCUGAACAAGAUACAUACCAUCAGAUCAUCCUUUCCUCUCAUUCCUCAUUAGCUUGUUACUAGCGUAUCUCACAAGACUAGCGAUUCAAAGGCGAUCUAACUUUACUUUCACAAUCUUUGGAUGAAGAAGUAGCCUAGUGUUUUGAUGUUCCAUUCCACGUAUGGAUUGAAUCAAUCACCUCGCGUUAGCUAGCUAGCUACUAAAGCUCUGGUAAGAUGCUUGCCUUGACUGCCAUGUUCCUUCAUUCUCAGCUAGCUAGCAGCUAAUAUUGUGUUAGCCAACAAGCUACCUAGUUAACAAGUUAGCUACCUAGUUGACAAUCUGUUGUUUUAAAAAUUGGCGUGUCAAUCUCUGAUUCAAUUUUAGAUGUUUAUCAUCUUAUCUAAUGCCAUGUAACUUGAUGGCAAGACAAGUAGGCUGAAGUGUUUUAAGGGUGAGCUAGCUGGCUAGUUAGCUCAUGGGCGUUUUGGCACUCGUUUUUUAAAGCUAUCUUCCAGUGUAUUGUGAUGUGAUGCACUAUCUAUGGGGUUUGGUAGUAUGGUAGUAUGUUUAACUAACCUGUCACAAUCUGUUCACAGAUGCACUCUGAAUGUGUAGUUGCCAUACACUUGAAGUUGCUGGAAACAAGUUUGUCCCAACAACAGCAGUAGCUAGCUACAACGACCACUAUCCAGUGGUUAAUCAUCACUGUGGUUGGGCUGGAAACACUCUGGUAUUAAAGCAGGUGGAAGAACUGUUGAGAGAGUCCUGUGCAGGACAGGACCUUUGGCUACCUACCAAAGCAGCAUCUGUUCACUUCCACAGACAGACAGCCAGAAGGAUAAAAAUGCCUCUUGGAUUGGGUAGAAGGAAGAAGGCAUCUCCACUAGUGGAGAACGAGGAAGCUGAGCCGAUCCGAGCGGGCCUUAACGUCCCAGGAAUGGACGGUCUGGAUGGAGGAGGUGUGGGGCUCGGGGAGGGUACCACCCAGGAGGGUCUGCCACCCCCACCCACCAGCCUGAGACCUCGCUUGAUCUUCCACACCCAGCUAGCGCACGGUAGCCCCUACGGGACGCAUCGAGGGCUUCAGCAACGUGCGAGAGCUCUACACCAAGAUUGGAGAGGCCUUUGGGAUCGCACCACCAGAGGUGAACAAUAUGGCAACUGACUUGUGUGUUUCAGAUGUGUGAUGUGUGUGAGAGAGUUUGCUUCAGUUUAUCCCUUUACUGACUCACUUUCUACCUCUUCAGGUGAUGUUCUGCACUCUGAACUCUCACAAGGUGGACAUGGACAAGUUACUGGGGGGUCAGAUUGGGCUGGAGGACUUCAUCUUCGCCCAUAUCAAAGGCCAGAGGAAGGAGGUGGAGGUGUUCAAGGGGGAGGAUGCCCUGGGGUUGACCAUCACUGAUAAUGGAGCUGGCUACGCCUUCAUCAAGGUGGGCAAGAUUACUGGCUAGGAAAUGAGUUGUCUGUCUGUCACCUCUGAAUAGGGCUGGCAGUGGCAGGAAAUGCAUCAGCAUCACACACAGAGGACUAAAAAUAGAACAAAAUGGGAGCGUUUGAAACACAGAGCCUCAGUUGCAGCGACAGUGUGGAAUGUACAGUAGAUUGAAUAUAAGAUAAGUUGUUUGUUUAUGUUGCCCAGCGCCAAAUUGGCUGAUUGUGUGUAAUUGUGGAUUAGUCUCUGUCCUAUUUUUACUUUGUCUCAUCCUGUCCCUUCCAGAGAAUAAGGGAGGGUAGCGUGGUCCAUCAGAUCCAGGUCAUCAACGUGGGAGACAUGAUUGAGUCCAUCAACGGCCACAGUCUCAUUGGCUGUCGACACUACGAGGUGGCCAAGAUGCUCAAGGAGCUGCCCAAGGGGAAGGACUUUGUUCUCAAGAUGGUGGAGCCCUUGAAAGCCUUCGGUGGGUUUGUGUGUGUGUGUGUGUGUGUGUGUGUGUGUGUGUGUGUGUGUGUGUGUGUGUGUGUGAGAGAGAGAGAUUGUGUGUGCCAACAAAAUAAUUGUGAAUUAUAUUAUGGUGUGACAGAUUAUAUUUAGGAAUGAGUAAGCAGUUAUCAAACUUUGUAAUGCCUUUUACUAAUUGCUCUUAUAUUAUCCUUGACUAGCUAGAUAUAGAAUUAGGAGGUUAGGACCCUGAUGCUCCUUUGACAUGUUGUGUUGUCUCCCUUACCUGUAGACAUGAUCGGCCAGAGGUCAGGAGGGGCCCGGGCUGGCUCAGGAACCCAGCUGGGGACAGGGAAGGGCACCCUGCGUUUACGCUCCAAAGGCCCAGCCACUGUGGAGGAGCUGGUGAGUGUGUGUGUGUGUGUGUGUGUGUGUGUGUGUGUGUGUGUGUGUGUGUGUGUGUGUGUGUGUGUGUGUGUGUGUGUGUGUGUGUGUGUUGGUUCUUCUAUUACCGUUAAUAAGGUAAACAUGUUUUCAGGUCAUGACUAUGUUUGUGGUAUUUGUUUGUCAGCCCUCUGCAUUUGAGGAGAAGGCCAUAGAGAAAGUGGAUGACCUCCUGGAGAGUUACAUGGGCAUCAGAGACAGUGAGCUGGGUAAGGGAGACAGUGUGUGCAUACGUGUGAAUGUGAUUCACACAUGCAGCUCCUGUUACCAAAGUGUUGACUUGUGUUUUGCCACUUAAAAUCACAUGCUUCGUAAACAACAGGUGUAGACUAACAGUGAAAUGCUUACUUAUGGGCCCUUCCCAACAAUGCAGAGAGAAAGAAAUUGAGAAAUAAUAGAAAAGUAAAACACGUAAUAAUAGAUACACAAUGAGUAACGAUAACUUGUCAAUAUACACGGGGUACCAGUACUGAGUCGAUGUGCAUGGUACGAGGUAAUUGAGGUAGAUAUGUGCAUUUAACGAGGAAUAAAGUGACAGAUAAUAAAUGUAUGUGAUGAGUCAAAGUUAGUGCAAAAAGCGUCAAUGCAGAUAGUCUGGGUAGCUAUUUGGUUAACUAUUUAACUUACUAUUACUUUGUUGUGCUGUGGUUGACCCCCGUCUUACCCCUCUCCCUCACUGUCAGCUGCUACAAUGGUGGAGCUGGGGAAGGACAAAAAGAACCCAGAUGAGUUUGCCGAGGCGUUGGACGAGACUCUCGGUGACUUUGCCUUCCCGGACGAAUUUGUGUUUGACGUCUGGGGUGCCAUCGGGGACGCCAAGGUUGGCCGGCUGUAACCGGAGGGAGCAGGGGAACAACCUGUGUGUGGUUUUGAACGCUAAGGCACCAACCCGCAACAAACAGAACUACUAGGAAACACCACACUACCAUCAUAUGAUUUACUUAUUGUUUUCAGUGUACUUUUUUUAACGUGGAGUUUACUACUCUUGUUGGGAGACUUUUGGGAGAGAUUCUUUGGGAGGAUAGAGACAGUGUAUGGGAGAGGAUAGAGGACUCUGAUCACUAGCUCUGUGGCGAUCAGGCUCUCAUCAGACUCAGACUAUUGAAUGCAACACGUGGAGGUUAUUGUGUUCAAACAGCAAGUGCUUUUCAAUUUUCUUCUGGGUCUUGUGGUUGUGGACACACCUCCUGACCUGGAACACGUCACAUGUUGACCCCCAUGUCUUUGUUCCACUAGUCCUCCUAGGAACAAUCCCGAGAACAAGUGGGAGAAAUGAGGGACCACGGCUUACAUACACCUACCUUUGAUGUUUGAGUUCAAACAAACAGAUUUUUUUCCACUGUUGCACUGUGCUGUAAAAAAAAUAUAAGAAAAGUGCAUUGUACUUCACUGGAGCGGUCACUCACUACAUAGCACUGGACUACAGUAUUUGUGUUCUGUGUAGUGUUGUUCAGGGAGAGGCGUAUUGAGACGCUCGGGCCCAGAAUGUUCUGGUCAAAUCACAUGGUCAGAAAACAGUCUUAUUAGCAUGUGCUAUUAGUUUUUGUCUCCUCUCUGUGAGUUCUUUUGGUUUUAUGUGCCGUUGGGAGUGUCACUAGUGAAGGAGGGUUUUGGCUGCUGAAGGUUUACAAUGCAUAGGCUAUCACUACAGAACUUUGCUGCAGCUUUUUCUAUGGUUCAAACUACAAUCACUAACAGUUUUUCUGAAGUGAAUAAACUAUAGAAACAAGCUGCACUUAACUGACUGGGAUAUGCUGCAAGUAAACAAAGAUGGUCUGAUUGGUUAGUACUUAAAUGGUCCCCUUUGCCAGACGUAAGGGAAACUCCAGUAUUAAGAAAAGCAGUGUUAUAUUACGGUAUUACAUGAAUACUACAAGUACUUGUAAAAAAACAAACAAAAAAA